CUCAUCAGUGAAAACUGCGAUUUGAUUUGUAACAGAGUCGCAACACAGGGAAGACUUACGGUAGACGCGGAGCGUUUCGUUUCUACUUAUAUCUAGUUUGUGCCUGUUACUUUCUCUUUAGCCCAGUUGCUGUUUUGUGUGUCUUUGAAACUCUGAAAGUUAUACGAAAUGUCCAGCACCCUCAGGCCAAGGCUGUGUGGUUUAGUUAAAGGGGACAACGGCUAUGGUUUCCAUCUCCACGGCGAAAAGGGCAAGCUCGGUCAGUUCAUAAGGCAUGUGGAGCCCGAUUCCCCGGCCGCCGAAGCGGGUCUGCAGCCCGGGGACAAACUUGCGUUCGUUAACGGGGAGAGUGUGGAGGACGAGAGGCAUCAACAUGUGGUGUCCCGCAUACAAGCGGUCUCGGGCAAACUCGAACUCAUCGUGGUGGAUGCAGAGACCGCAGAACUGCUUCAGAAGCAUAACUUGAAGUGCCAGAAAGAGUAUGUGACUGAUGGGAUACCGAUACCGAGCAGCGCUGGAUCGGACCAUGAAGAUGAGGUGAAGAUCGGGACGUCACGAGAAUCGACCCCCGUCACUGAGACAAACGGGGACAUAAGCUUGCAGAGAUUGAGCGUGAGCUCCAAGGAAUCAAAGAAUGAGUUACGUCCACGUCUUUGUCACAUGAAGAAGGGUGCUACCGGAUAUGGCUUUAACCUACACACAGAGAAGUCUAAAGCUGGCCAGUACAUCAGGGCGGUGGAUGAGGACUCUCCAGCAGAGAAAUCUGGACUUCGGCCUCAAGAUAAAAUAUUGCAGGUGAAUGAUGUUGCUGUGCAUGGGAUGCAUCAUUCAGAUGUGGUGGCGGCCAUUAAAGCAGGAGGAGACGAGACCAGACUACUGGUGGUGGAUCCUGAGGCAGAAGCCUUCUUCGCCAGCUGUCAAGUACUGCCCACUGAGAAACAUCUCACAGGUCCACUCCCAGAACCUGUCGUCAGCCAUGAUGCAGAUGAACAGGUGAAUGGAAGGGCACAGCAGGAGGAAAAGCCUAAAGUAUCAAUGAGUCUCUCUAACUCUAGCAACACUUCCAACACAUCUGCUUCUGCUGUGCCAUCCAGUACUCUCCCUCCAAAGGAGAAGCAGAAAGGGAAAUCUUCAGAAGAAGAUCCAGCAUUAUCUCUGAGCAUGUCCCUGCAGCAGGCCAAGGAACGAGCUCAUCAAAAACGCUCCAAUAAAAGAGCUCCAUCAAUGGAUUGGAGCAAAAGAAAUGAGCUCUUCAGCAACCUCUGAGUCGUCUUCGUGUCUCCCCUCUUUCUCGCUCUUCCUCUCUCUUUUAGUUCUUGUGAUCAUGUUUUUCUUUGGUUCCUUUCCCAUCUGGAAUUCUUCUGUUGCACUUUUCCUGUCCAUAAUGCCUCUCUCUCUCCACCUCCGCCCUAUAUAUCUUUCCUUUUCUCUUGUACACGUGCACACAAUUAGAAACCUUUUUCAUUUGUAUAUUUUUUUAAACCAGUGUUAUUUCACCGCUGUGAUUUCUGAAUCUGUUGAUUAUAAUGAAGAAAUGUACAUCUAAUUUUUGUUUAAACCAAUUUUGUCAACUUGAUUUACCUCUAUCACUGAUAUCAAAUUUUAUAUUAGAUUUAAAGUUAGUUCACCCAAAAUUCUUUCCCUAUUUAGUCACGAGUGUUGUUAUGACUGCCCAUAUGACGUUCUUUCUUCCGUUGAGCAUGAGACAUUGCGCUGUGCUAUCUCAUACAAUUUAAGGGGUUCGGUGUCAGUGGCCACAGAAGAAAGUCAUGCUGGUUUUGAACACGAGUGUGAGUAAAUGAUGAUAAAUGUUCAUUUUGGGUGAACUAACCUUUUAUUAUUACUCUAUGUAUAAUGUACAGUCUAGAUUCUAGAAUAUCAUUUCUGAAGACUCAACUGAGGUCUGAAUCUCUUUUUACUCAUAUUUUCUUUGUUUGCUUAAUAUUGAUGCAGUAUUAAUGGCCCUUAAGAGAAUUAUAUUAUAUGAAUUACAUUAUAUGAUUUAUGUGAAAGCUAUUUAGAUAUAGUCUUAAAGUAUGAGUUUCCAAGUAACUUCAUAACAACAAUCAUAAAAUAAUAAUAAUAAUAAUAAAAGAAAAAAACAUUUUGUUUGGUUACAAUACAUCAGUAAAUUUCAUAACGCUACAGCCUUUUAAUUUUAUAAAUGUGAGCUUAUAAAAAACAGUUUAGGGCCACUUAACCGCUGAAGGAUGUUACCAUUUUUGACUGAAUUACUUUUAUUUGAUAAUGUUGUCUUUAAGAACCUUCCAAAUAAAAAGGUUUUAUUUAAAAUUGUAGUGCUUUCAGAACUGAAUAUUUAAGCACAAAAUGUUUGUGGCAUAAGUUUACCUUUAGAACGUGCACAGUAUUUAAGUUGUAAUCAUACAUAUAUUGAAAUGGACCUUCUUUAAAUAGCUGUUAAAGAACCAUGUAAGUCUUUGUUCUACACAAAAUGGGAUUUUACAGUGAAAGUUCCUGAAAAAAAGGCAUUCUCUUAUUCUAUUUGUCAUUUUAUCAAACUUGCUUGGGGAAAAUUAGAAUAUUAAUCAAAUAUUCCUAGUAUGUAUCUAAUGUUAAAAUUGGCUUUUUUUCCUUGUUUUUGCAUAAUGCU